AUGCACCCUCGCACUGCGGAAUUACUCCGCCUCCCACUCAUUGACCUCUCCACACCCUGUACCGUCACAAUGCUCGAUGGGUCGAGCCCCCGGGCUGGAAGAAUCUGGAAGAAGGCAAUUCUAACCUUCUCCCUAGAUGGUAAACAAAUGACUGAGACAUUCCUAAUCUGCAAUACAGGGUCUCACGCCGCCAUCCUGGGACUGAAGUGGUUAGACGCCCAUAAUCCAGAAAUUGAUUGGAACCAACGCACCCUCUCCUUUCCCCACAAACCACCGGAACAUGUAGCCAUCGCCGAGGAAGAAGAAGCUGACAAAAACCCCCUUGAAGGAGUCCCCUCCAAGUACCACAAAUAUGCCAAGGUGUUUGGGGAGGAGGAAUUCAACAAGCUUCCCCCUCACAGGCAUUACGAUAUUGGGAUUGAACUCACAGAAGAGGGCCCCCUGAACUCCCCUCUGUACAGCAUGACGGAUGCCAAAUCCGCCACCCUUAAGGAUUGGCUCAGGGACGAGUUGAAAGCAGGGAAGAUCCGCCCUAGUAAAUCCCCAAUCAGCUCCCCCGUGAUGUUUGUCCCAAAAAAGGAUGGCUCCUGCCGAUUGGUUGUUGACUACCGCCGUCUCAAUAACCGGACAAAAAAGAAUGUGUACCCGUUACCCUGUCCAGAUGACCUUAUGGCCCAGCUCCGCGGCGCCAAGGUUUUCACCAAACUAGACCUGAGAUGGGGUUACAACAAUGUCUGUGUUAAAGAGGGUGACAAAUGGAAAACAGCGUUCCAAACCAAGUACGGUCUCUACGAGUCCCUGGUCAUGACCUUUGGCCUGACAAACGCCCCUGCUGCCUUUCAGCAUUUCAUGAAUGAACUGUUCAAGGACUUACUGGAUGUAUGCGUCAUCAUAUACCUUGAUGACAUUCUGAUUUACUCCAAGGACAACGCAUCCCACACAAAGCAUGUUCAUGAAGCCCUGAAGCGGUUAAUGGAUAAUCAACUGUUCUGCAAGGCAUCCAAGUGCACGUUCCAUGUCACCUCUGUGGAAUACCUAGGGAUCAUCGUCUCAGAUAAAGGUUUUAGCCUGGAUAAGCUCAAAAUCCAGGCGGUACAAGACUGGCCGGUACCUACUAAGGUUAAAGAAGUCCAAUUGUUUCUGGGAUUUGCCAACUUCCUUUGUUGUUUUGUUGCCAACUUUAGCCACAUGGCUAGGCCGUUACAUAACCUAGUGAAAAAGGACACGCCGUGGAAGUGGGAUACCAGGGAACAAGAAGCCUUCCAAGGACUAAAGGAUGCCAUCACCAAUGCCCUGGUCCUUUGUCACGCUGAUCCCUCCAAACCUUAUUUUUUGGAAACAGACGCCUCUGGUGCAGCCUUGGGAUCCAUACUCAGCCAACGCCAAGAAGACGGACGCCUGCACCCAUUAGGUUUCUUAUCGGAGUCAUUCAAGGGGGCCAAACAAAACUAUGACACGCACGACAAGGAGCUCCUAGCCAUCAUCCGCUCCUUUGAGUACUGGCGCAUCUUCUUGGAAGGAACACCACAACCAAUCACUGUGUUCACAGACCAUCAUAACCUGGAAUAUUGGAAAGAAUCCCAGACAUUCAACCGACGCCAUGCACAAUGGCAUUUACUACUUGCCGGAUACAACUUCCAGAUAGUCUACCGCCCAGGGAAACAGUCAGGGAAACCUGAUGCCCUCUCACGACGUGCUGAUCAUGCUGAUAUUCCACCUGCAGAUCAAACCAUGCUCCCGGACCCCGUAUUUGCCAACGCUGCCCUAGUGACUCCUGAAAAAGAACUACAACGCCAGAUUGAGGCUUCUCUAGACCAAGAUGAAUCUUUGGAAGAGAUCUUACAGUUCCUACAAAACGAGUCCAAGGCACCACCCUCCAUUAAACGCGCAUUUAAGGAUUAUGAAAUGGAGGCUGGCCUGUUGUUUUACCAAGGACGGAUUGUAGUACCGGACGUAGGAACCUUAAGGACGGAUUUGCUCAGAAUCUUCCACAAUAGCCCAUUGGUGGGCCAUCCAGGCAGACAGAGGACGCUAGAACUAGUAUCCAGGACUUACUACUGGCCUGGCAUCCGUGCCGACACAUACUGGCACGUUGACUCAUGUGAAAUCUGCCAACGGAUUUGGAAACCCAAGUACACGUCAAUCCCACCUCAGCCUCUAGAACUCCCAUCACGCCCGUGGCAACAUGUGUCAUACGACAUGAUAGUAGACCUACCCAAAGACGGAAAUUGUGAUUCUAUCCUGGUCAUUGUGGAUAGUUUUACUAAGUACGUGAUCCUAGUAGAGUGCUCCAAGAAGCUCAAGGCCCCGGAGUUAGCAGACCUAUUCCUACGCCAUGUAUGGAAACGCUACGGCAUGCCUGAGAAAACAAUAUCAGACCGCGGGCGGGUUUUUAAUAACAAAUUCCUGAAGGCGCUGUACCAACGCCUGGGAAUAGACCCCCACUUCUCUUUGGCCUAUCAUCCUCAAAGCAACAGGCAAACAGAACGUGUGAACCCUACGGUUGAACACUUUUUACGGGCAUACUCAGGGGUAAACCAGAAAGACUGGGUCAAAUGGUUACCAAUGGCGGAAUUUGCCUACAACAACGCAGUACACAGCUCAACAGGCAAAUCCCCCUUUAAGGCACUAUACGGCUGGGAACCUUCCUUGACUCCAAGUAACGUCCCAACAGAUGUCCCUGAGGCAGACAAUCUGGCAACCCAGAUGGAAGAACAAUGGCGGGAAAUAGAGGCAGCACUCCGGCAAUCAAAGACACGCAUGGUAGCCGGAGAAGUAGGAGAACCACUUGAAUUCAAAAUUGGGGAAGAAGCCUGGCUAGACGCCAAAAAUGUGAAGCUAAAGACCCUUAGUCCAAAGCUAACCAAACAACGCCUAGGCCCCUUCAAAGUAACCAAGAAAAUCUCCAACAGAGCAUACCGCCUGGAACUUCCGCCCACAAUGAGAAUCCACAACGUUUUCUACGUGGGCCUCCUGUCAAAAGUCAAAAGGGACAAAAAGCGCAACUUUGAGAACCGGCCACCACCUGUCACCGUGGAUGGAGAAGAAGAAUACAAAGUCGAAGGGAUCACAGACAUGGAAGAAAGGAACGGGAAGUGGUUUUUUAGGGUAAAAUGGAAAGGCUACGGAUCAGAAGAGAAUACCUGGGAACCAAGGGAGAACCUCAAAAACGCCAAAAAAAUCCUAGAAAAAUUUGAAAAAGAAAUGAAAAAGAAGGCCCUUGGAGCUGCCAAGGCCCUUAGAGGGGGGGCAGUGUUGUAG